AUGCGUUUAUCCAACAACAAAACUCACACUAACAGGGCAAUAGUAUCAAACAGUCACGUAUCUAAUCAAUACUCUUUUCGAAUAAACAAUCUCUCCUGGAGGUUUUGGUCUGUUAAUCAACAAAAAAAGACAUAUGCUUCUAGUACAGUCAGUACAACCAGUACUUCUAGUAGUAAGUUUUAUAUGGAUGAUGAUGAUGAUGAAGAUGAUGAAGAUGAAGAAGUGAUGAAUAUACCCGAGGAGCCACUGUUUAAACCACAACAACAAGAAAAAGGAAAAACUAUCUCACUUUUAUCAAUUAUGCUUCAGCAAGAGAAAGAGUAUAAGGCUAUUGUAUUGCAUCGAUGUAAACGAUAUCAUCAUCACUUGAACGAAUUAUUUUCUGCUAGUCAUCAACAGGAAAGAAGUUGA